ACACCAGAGAGUCGUCAUCUGUCAAAAGUUUUUGCGGGACGUUUUGUUUAUUUCCAUCAUAGCAAAGCAAAAAACGUUUUAUUUACCAAAUUUACAGAAAAUAUAAUUUCCAACAAUGUCUGUGGUUAUAGAAACCACAAUUGGCGACAUUACUGUCGACCUGUUCGUCGACGAGAGACCGGUGGCGUGCCUGAACUUCAUGAAACUGUGCAAACUCAAAUACUACAAUUACAACCUCUUCCAUACCAUAGAGCAAGGUUUCAUAGCACAGACGGGUGAUCCAACUGGAGCGGGUGAUGGCGGCAGUUCUAUAUGGGGUGUUGUUGAGGGACAACACAAGCGGUUCUUUGAGGGUGAAACUUUGCCAAAGAUUCAUCAUUCCAGUGCUGGUCUUCUCUCGUUGGUCGGGGCCGGCAAACAACUGCUGGGCAGUCAAUUCUUUUUCACUUUGGGUGACAACCUGACAUCUUUGGACGGGCAGCAUUGUGUCAUUGGGGAGGUGGUAGAGGGUCAUGAGACGUUGAGAAAGUUAAAUGAAGCCAUUGUAGAUGAAAACUUUAGGCCAUAUCAAGAUAUUCGCAUUACACAUACGGUAAUAUUAGAUGAUCCAUUUCCUGACCCCAGAGGAUUUAGGCAGCCAAGUAGAUCACCCUCACCAUCGGCGGAGAGAAUGCAAAAUGGUCGCAUAGCUGCAGAUGAAGACAUAGACGACACCGACGGCAAAACAAUGGAGGAAAUACAGGAGAUGCUGGCUGAACGCGAAGCUAAGGCCAGAGCAACAAUAUUGGAGAUUGUGGGCGAUUUGCCAGAUGCAGAUAUGGCACCACCUGAAAAUGUUCUAUUCGUUUGCAAGUUGAAUCCUGUGACGACAGAUGAUGAUUUGGAAAUUAUAUUCAGUCGAUUUGGCCGAGUUAAGAGUUGUGAAGUAAUAAGAGACCGUAAGACUGGAGAUUCUCUUCAGUAUGCCUUUGUGGAAUUUGAGGAUCAGAAGUCCUGCGAAGCUGCAUAUUUUAAAAUGGACAAUGUGCUCAUAGAUGAUAGACGAAUUCAUGUGGAUUUCUCACAAUCUGUUUCUCGCAUCAAGUGGCGUGGUAAAGGACGAGGUGUUGAAGGUGAUUCUAAAGGUCUGGAUUUUAAUAAUUUGCGUGACAAGGGAAAUGUCGAUCGCAAACCAAACAAACAAAAUGAGAGACAACGUUCGCCAAGAAGAGAUAACAAUAGGCAACGUGAACGCAGGCGAACACGUUCGAGAUCCCGGUCACGAGGUAGAAUGACCUCAGCGGAAAGGCGUAAAGCUAGAGAGGAACGUCACAGAGAACUGGAUAAGCAAAGGAGAUCAAGAUCGACAUCGAGAUCGAGGCAUAGAUCACCACCACGCCGAGACAAUAGACGAGGUGAUAGGGAGAGAUCACCCAUAAGAAGAUAUGACGACCGAUACUCUCCCAAGAGAAGAAACGAUGAACGGUAUAAUGACAGAAGGCAUGACGAUGAACAUCGUAGAAACCGAGACAGGCGAGAAUCACCACACAGAAAUAAGGAGAGAAUACAAAAUGGACGAUCUAUGGAAAAGAAACGACACGACCAGUCUCCAGUAAGAAGACAAUCUCGAAGAGAUGAAACUUCGUACGAAGAAAGCAGAGAUGUCAGGAAACGUAAAAAGGAUGAUGGCAAAAAGAAGUCAAAAAAAUCUAAAAGAGAUACCAGUAGCAGUGAGGAAUCGUCUUCCGAAAGUGAAUCGUCUGACAGUGAAAGCACAUCUUCUUCGUCUAGCGAAAGUGAUAGCUCAUCCGAAGACGAGCGUCGGAAGAAAAAGAAAUCGAAAAAAUCAAAAAAGAAAAAAUCCAAAUCAAAGAAAAGCAAAUCGAAAAAACAUAAAAAGUGAAUGUAAAAUAUAGUAUGAUAAAUCUUUAUUAAAGAAGACAACAAACAAUUAAACUAGAA